CUGACGGCGUAUAUAAACAUAACCGCAUGGUCGGCGGCCCAGCUAUCCGCCAGCUGACCUGCAGAGGAAGUGCUAGCCGAGAGACAGUAGUUGAUCUCAGGAUCAAGACCGUCGGGGUUUCUUUUGUCGGGAAGGAAGCGACAGAACAGCGUUCGAGAUGAGGCCGCCAUCGUUCGGAGCUGACAUCACCAACCAGGCCAACAACGAGCCGCAGCUGCCCGCGGUGAUGCACUGCACCCGCAUGGCAGGCCGCGCCAUCAUCCGCGUGGUGGGGCGCUGCAACGACGCCCAGGAGAACAACAAUCUCGAUCUGUCAGAGUGCCAGUUGAUCCAAGUGCCAGAUGCCGUGUACCACCUCAUGCGUAACACUGCUCUUCGUGGUUGCAAUUUGUCCAGUAAUGUUAUUACCAAGAUCCCACCCAAAUUUGCAGUGAAAUUUUCACUUAUUACUGACUUGAACCUGUCACACAACCAGAUGAGCAAGUUGCCUGAUGAGCUGGUUGAUUUGGCAGAACGGAACGACUGGAUAUCUCACACAAUGCCUUACAUUUCCCUUCCCAAUGUUGUAUUUAAAAUCCCCAAGCUAACACACCUCAAUGCCAGGCACAACCACAUUGUUGAUGUGGAAGUGGAACGGCUGCGGGUAGCACCUUCACUUCAGGAAGUAGACCUGCAGGAAAACCCCCUCAGCCCACGCUGCCACAAUGAACUUUCGGCAGUGACAUCUGUGCAAGUUCGGCUGUCAGUGCGAGAGCGUGAGGACUGGGAGGAUCUUACUGUUUAGUGAUCAUGUCAUGAUGACAUGCUAACUGUUGUAGCCAUUGGGCUAGGUUCAGAAAUUGCUGCAGAGUGGUACAUCUGAUGUGCUAGCUGCCUGGACGAUAUCUGAGCCAUUUUCUUUUGUAACUUUGUCAGCUCUUUAUGCUGACACACCUUGUGAAGGUGAUUAGUUCAGUGUUGUGACUGAGCGUGGUGUUUUGUAUGUGAAAAGUAUUCUAUAUGUUUUUUAAAUACUUCAAAUUUUUUACAUCAUUUGAAAUGCUCAGGUGUGAGAAAAGUGAUUUUUAUUAAACAUACGUGUCUGGUCAUUUUGUUAUUUUAAAAUAGCAAAAAUCAGUCUUUACCAGGUAAGCUAACCACCAUUGCAAAUAAAUGUCUGGGGUUCUGGAAUACACACAAUAAAAUUUAUAUUUUGAUGUAAUCAUAUCAUUCUUAUUCAUUUUUCUCAGAAGAUUUAACAGGAAUAUUUAUUUGAAAUUUUCUAUAUUUUUUAAAUUGAGGCUGUGAUUACAAAUAGAUGUCAUUAAAUGACAUAUAAAUGUCCUUAAUUUGAGAAAGUACAAUAAACAAUCUGACAGAAUGGCUUUUCUUUUGAGAAACCUAUAAGUCAAGCAUUCCAAAUUAAUCAGAUACAACUGUUGCAAUGGGAAAUUGGUUAGCCACAAUCUGGUUGUAAAUAAUCUCUUAGUCUGUAAAGGAAGCACUUGCAUGUAAGCACUUGAUGUUUGGAGAGCACCUUUCUAUGUGUACUUAGCUGGGGUUGAGCAGGUAAGGAAAGUUAUCAGGAAAAAAGCAAAUAUGUCUCAGGAAUUGUGCCUCUUGUGAUAUGCCAAGUGUCUUUGAGGGCAUAUUGCCUUGCUAAUGGUAGAAGCCAUUAACACUCACAGUAAACUAUCAGUAUUUAGUUUUGAUAACAGAAUGGGAGUUACUUUCAAGGAUUUAAUUCUGAACACUUGUGUUCCAGGUGUUUUAAGAUAGAUAUUCAAAGAAUGCUGCAAUGUUUUGGGUGCUACUUUACAUAAAACUUGUAAAUAAUUAAAUGUUACCACUUGCAUAUGCAAGCUGUGACAAGCAGAACUCAAGUUCCUAGACAGAACAAUGAAUAUUUUUAAAUAUUAUAAAGAUAUUACACAUUUUCUGUGAUGAACGUUACCGUAAGUCAUGGCAAACUUAUGACACUAAGUUGAAUACUUAUUAAUACUAUGUGCAAUAUUUAGUGCAUUAUUUGAGUUGUAAAAAUAUAAGUAUGCAUUUUAAUGAAUAUUAAUAUAUUUAUAAAUUUUUGUAAAUAAUGACUCCCUGAUUUUACAUUGCAUUUUCAAUGUUGUUGAAGUUUUCAUUGAGAAAUCAAAACUUAAUGUUGAAAUAUCUGAGUGUUUGAGAAAAGACAAAUGCAAUAAGCUUUCAUGUAUUUGGCUCAACACAUUUUGAACAUAUCCACAUUCAUUGUCUCUAGUUGUUGGUAAAAUAGAAAAAGAGCAAAAAUUUUUCAGCUACCCUGAUAAACAAACUUUAAUACAUUUCAGGAAAUAAAUGGAAAACUGUUCCACUAUACACGUACAUGAUUCCUAAAAUACAUGAAACAUGUGAAAAACAAAAAAUGAUAUAGCUAUAGUAUCCAUGUCAUCAGUAAGAAUAAUGAGACAUGCAGGUGAAAGAAUAAUGCAUUCAUAUCAAAGAAUUGUUUCUUUUUGGAAUAUUAUUGUAAUUGACUCUAAUAUAUAUGAUUACAUAGGUGCUAAAUUUUACCUGUCAACCCAUUAUUAUUUUAUAUUAAAUAACUGAUGAGGCUUUUCAAAUACUGAAUUUCACGUAUUUUGCCAAAGCUAGCUGUUUUAUUUUUUUAUAAUAUAUUAUGGAUUCAACUGAUAUGUGUGACUGUAUUCACUGACAUAAUUUAAAAUGGUGUUGAAUAAAUAUAACAUAUAAAAAUUCCA